AUGGCUCAGUUUGUCUUUGAAAACGACCUGAACAGCAUCCUCAAGCUGGACACCCCCAUCACAAACGCCCCCCUGGCCCGAUGGCAGCGGAAGGCAAAGGAAGCCCUGUCCCCGAUGAAGGCCGUAAACCGCUCACACAGCUCCAGCAAGACCCCAUCCAAGACCCCAGGUGUGAUCGAUGGGAAGUCCCAGGGUAAAAUGCAGGGAACACCUUCCAGAGUUGGAGGAGAUCGCUUCAUACCCAACCGAAGUGCAAUGCAGAUGGAUGUGGCCAGCUUCCUGCUAAGUAAAGAGAACGAGCCUGCAGAGCAAUCUCCAACCAAGAAGGAGCAGCAGAAGGCUUGGGCUGUCAACCUGAAUGGCUUUGACGUGGAAGAGGCAAAAAUCUUAAGACUUGGAGGCAAAUCCCUUAAUGCUCCUGAAGGGUAUCAAAACAACUUAAAGGUUUUAUAUAGCCAAAAGGCAACCCCUGGCUCCAGCAAAAAACCGGGCAGGUACAUCCCAUCCAUGCCAGACAGAGUCCUCGAUGCUCCUGAGAUCAGAAAUGAUUAUUAUCUAAAUCUGAUCGACUGGAGCUCACAGAACCUGCUGGCUGUAGCUCUGAAUGACUCGGUCUACCUCUGGAACUACAUGAGCGGGGACAUCGUCCUCCUAUUGCAGAUGGAGAACUCCGAGGAGUACAUUUCAUCAGUGUCCUGGAUCAAAGAGGGGAACUAUCUGGCUGUGGGAACCAGCAAUGCUGAAGUGCAGCUCUGGGAUGUUCAGCAGCAGAAGCGUCUGCGCACUAUGGUCAGCCAUUCAUCACGGGUUGGUGCUUUGACCUGGAACAACCACAUCCUGUCCAGCGGUUCUCGGACUGGUCACAUCCAUAACCACGAUGUGCGGGUCGCUCAGCAUCACAUCGCCACGCUGUCCGGACACUCACAGGAAGUCUGUGGCCUGAAAUGGUCUCCAGAUGGCCGCUACUUGGCCAGCGGGGCCAAUGACAACCUGGUGAACAUCUGGCCUUGUGACCAGGGGGAUUCUGGAGAGUAUACACCAGUGCAGACCUUCACACAACACCAGGGGGCGGUCAAGGCUGUGGCCUGGUGCCCAUGGCAGUCCAACGUCCUGGCAACCGGUGGGGGAACAAGUGACAGACACAUCAGAAUCUGGAACGUGUGCUCUGGAACGUGCCUAAAUUCUGUGGACACCCACUCCCAGGUCUGCUCUAUUCUGUGGUCCACAACGUACAAAGAACUCAUCUCUGGCCAUGGGUUUGCACAGAACCAGCUUGUGAUCUGGAAGUAUCCCACAAUGACCCGGGUUACUGAGCUAAAAGGUCACAGUGCACGGGUCCUCAAUCUUGCGAUGAGUCCAGAUGGCUGCACCGUGGCCUCUGCCGCAGCAGAUGAGACCUUGCGACUGUGGAAGUGCUUCGAGGUGGAUCCCGUCACCAAGAAGGAAAAGGAGAAGGCCAGGAGCAGCAGCAAAAGCAUCAUCCAUCAGAGCAUCCGAUGA